AUGAAGAACUUCUGCUGCCCCUUCACCAGCCUUCCCAGUUGUUGCCUUUCUGCUGUCUUCGACCAUCACCCCUUCUCUGUGUCUCUCAGUGAAUCUUUCCCUCCCAACAGUGAGGCUCAGCGGGGGACAGGCAGGGACCACUGGAACCACUCCUCCGCCACUGGCUUUGUCCUCACCAGCCUCUUUAACGACAGCCAGAUGCACCUGUUCCUCUUCAGCAUGGUGGUGUUGGUCUACACCCUUGCCGUGGCCGGCAACGCUGCCAUGGUCCUCCUGAUCUGGGCCGAUGCCCGGCUCCACACACCGAUGUACUUCCUCCUCAGCCACCUGUCCUUUCUGGACAUCUUCUUUACUUCAGUCACUGUCCCCAAGAUGAUAGUGGCCUUCCUCUUUGGCUGGACGAGCAUUUCCUUUGGGGGUUGUGGGGCACAAAUGUUUUUCUUCAUGUUCCUGGGAGCCGCGGAGUAUCUUCUGCUGGCCCUCAUGGCCUACGACCGCUACGGGGCCAUCUGCAACCCUCUGCGCUACCCGGCGCUCAUGAGUCGCAGGGUCUGCCUGCUCAUGGUUGUGGCCUCCUGGCUGGGAGGGUCCCUCAACGCCUCCCUCCAGACCUCACUGACGCUGCAGUUCCCCUACUGCGGCUCACGGAAGAUCGCCCACUUCUUCUGCGAAGUGCCCUCACUGCUGAUGCUGGCCUGUGCAGACACAGAGGCCUAUGAGCAGGUGCUCUUUGUGACAGGUGUGGGGGUCCUGCUGGUGCCCAUUGCCUUCAUCACCACUUCCUACGUCCUCAUCCUGGCGGCCGUGCUCCGGAUGCACUCUGUGGAGGGACGUCGGAAGGCCCUUGCCACCUGCUCCUCCCACUUGACCGUCAUCAACCUCUUCUAUGGGCCCCUCGUCUAUACCUACAUGUUACCUGCAUCCUACCACUCUCCGGGGCAGGACGAUGUGGUAUCUGUCUUCUACACUGUUCUCACGCCCUUGUUCAAUCCCAUCAUCUACAGCCUCAGGAACAAGGAAGUGGCAGGGGCAAUGAGGAAGGUGACAGGGAAGUGUGGGGUCAGAAGGAAUGCUUAA